AUGCGACAUCUCGCCGCAUCGUCCAACCCGGUUGCCAUCAGAUUGCUCUCAGUCCAGAGCGUCCACCGACACCUCCUCCCCCUCCCCCCCGAAGACUCGGGAGCUCCGCCGCCGCCGCCAGAUGCUGCCGCGCCUCCACCUCCUCCAGAUGACAUUCCCCCUCCCCCGCCUGUGGAGACAAAGAAGAAAAAGCAAGGAUGGGGUGCGAAAAAGCCCUCCGCGAUACCGUUGAGUGUGGAGGACCUGAUCCAGAAGAAGAAAGAGGCGGAUGCGGCUUCUGCGAAGCCCAAAUUCUUAUCCAAAGCUCAACGAGAAAAGCUUGCGCUGGAGAAGCGCGCCAAGGAAGUAGAGGCCGAGCGACAAGCGAAGAAGGCACCUGCGACUGGCGUUGAUCGCAAUGGAUUCUCGACCGAGCCGGCUUCAUCGAGAACCGAGCAGAAGUACCCAGAUACAAGAGAUCCAAAUGGACAAGUACCAACUGGACCUCGUGCCAUGCGCGGCGAGCGUUCGUCCGGACCUGGGCCCUCACGAAACGGACAACAAUCACGAGGACAAGAUAAGGAAUCGGCGAAGUCAAGGAACGCGAAGGCCGACAAGCGUCUUGCGGAAGAGGAUGAGGCUGAGGCACAAGCGUCUCUCGUCAAGAAACAAUAUAUGGGAGCUGACCAAACCUCCACAUUCUCCGCCAAGAAGAAACGCAAGCGCACCACCGAUCGCAAGUUCAAUUUCGAGUGGAAUAUCGAGGAAGAUACAAGCGGCGAUUACAAUCCUCUAUACCAGCACCGACAUGAAGCCAACUUCUUUGGUAGAGGCCGACUGGCAGGAUUCGGAGAUGAUGUCGCAGAUGAUGUGGCGCGCAAGUAUGCUGACGCCUUGGUAACUCGAGACCAGGAGUCGGGUUCGCGUAACCAGAUCGAUAAGCACUGGAGCGAGAAGAAGUUGGAGCUCAUGCGCGAGCGCGACUGGCGUAUUUUCAAAGAAGAUUUCAAUAUCGCUACCAAGGGUGGAAGCGUGCCCAACCCGAUGCGUUCUUGGGAAGAGAGUCUCUUGCCAAAGCGCUUGCUGGAGCUUGUCGAUCGCGUUGGCUACAAGGAACCCACUGCGAUUCAACGUGCCGCUAUUCCCAUCGCAAUGCAGUCGCGAGAUCUCAUCGGUGUGGCCGUUACUGGUUCCGGUAAAACAGCUGCAUUCCUGCUGCCACUUUUGGUAUACAUCUCAGAGCUACCACGGCUAGACGAGUUCGAGUGGCGCAAAAACGACGGCCCCUACGCAAUUGUUCUUGCUCCCACUCGUGAAUUGGCGCAACAAAUUGAAAUUGAAGCCAAAAAGUUCACCCAACCUCUUGGUUUCAACGUCGUCAGUAUUGUCGGUGGUCACUCAAUCGAAGAACAAGCGUUCAGUCUCCGCGAUGGCGCGGAAAUCAUCAUCGCCACCCCAGGUCGUCUAGUCGACUGCAUCGAGCGUCGCAUGCUCGUCCUCAGCCAGUGCUGCUACGUCAUCAUGGAUGAAGCAGAUCGCAUGAUCGAUCUCGGUUUCGAAGAACCCGUCAACAAAAUCCUAGACGCCCUCCCAGUGACGAAUGAAAAGCCCGAUACCGAAGAAGCAGAAAACUCACGCGCCAUGAGCCAACACAUCAGCGGACGAGACCGUUACCGCCAAACCAUGAUGUACACAGCCACCAUGCCCGCAGCCGUCGAGCGGAUCGCGCGCAAAUAUCUCCGUCGACCAGCAAUCAUCACCAUCGGUGCUAUCGGUGAAGCCGUCGACACAGUCGAGCAACGCGUCGAAAUGAUACCCGGCGAAGAUAAGCGCAAGAAGAGACUUGCGGAAAUUCUUUCUGCGGGAGACUUCCGUCCUCCAAUCAUUGUUUUCGUCAACAUCAAGCGAAACUGUGAUGCUAUCGCUCGUGAAAUCAAACAUAUGGGCUUCUCAUCUGUUACUCUGCACGGUUCUAAGACCCAGGAUCAGCGUGAGGCUGCUCUUGCCUCUGUCCGUAACGGUUCGACGGAUGUUCUUGUCGCUACUGAUCUGGCUGGUCGUGGUAUCGAUGUUCCCGACGUCUCGCUUGUCGUUAACUUUAACAUGGCUACCUCGAUCGAGAGCUACACUCACCGUAUCGGUCGUACUGGUCGUGCCGGUAAAAGUGGUGUGGCUAUUACGUUCUUGGGUGGCGAGGAUUCGGAUGUUAUGUACGAUCUCAAGCAAAUGCUCACGAAGUCGCCUAUCUCGCGUGUUCCUGAGGAAUUGCGCAAACAUGAGGCUGCGCAGUCCAAGCCGAAUCGUGGACAGGCAAAGAAAAUCGAGGAUAGUUCUGGGUUCGGUGGGAAGGGUGGUUGGGCGUAA